AUGAGUAGCAUGGAGGAAGUUAUCACCGCCAAUCAUCCACCGCCAAUCGCUACUGGUUCCGGUGGCUUUUCCUCCUCCUUUCUCCGCCGCCAGAGGAAAGAUACAAUCGCCUCCAGCUCGAGCUUGACCUCUAUUGCUACUGCUAACCAGCACGACCUCUCUCCUCCUCCUACCCUCUCUGACACCGAUCCCUCCGCUCGAUCGAUCAUCGCAUCUAGCUCAUCCCCGGUCCGCAGGAAACCUUUGCCUAGCAAUGCUUCCCCCGUGAUCCUAUCUAGAUUAUCCCAAGGUUCAUCUGUCUAUUCACCAAUACACUCUCCGCCACCGACUCGAAUACUUCCCCCCCUGCUGCCACAGACACCACCGUCCUCAAGGCCUAAUGCUAUUAUUCCAACCGGCAGACAAUCUAUAGACCCUUCUUUAAGGCAACUUGAAACUGUCGACGAGGUUCUUCCUUUUGUUCCAAGGGAUCUUGACCGUUAUCCGCGUGGUCAAUCUCCAUUGAUCCCCUUUCCCAUUGAUACGUCUCACAGCUACAAAGACUUUCAGCAACAACAAUCCGACUUUUAUUACGACGGUAUUGACGAAAACGCCUACCUGCCGCAUGGGACCCCCAUUCAUUCCCGUCUUUCUAGCGAACCUAUCAUUCCGGUGCUGAGGUCGCCGCCACCGUCUACUAACCAUAAGAGAUCCGAGACUAUGGCCUUGCAGCCUCCUCAGAAUCGUCCUCCUCCUCUGCAUAUUGACGCCAGUUUAUCAGCUAUGCCCAGCUCAGGGGACAAACAGCCGAAGACGCCCGGUAAUAAAAUCACUUCAUUCUUCGGAUGGAAAACAACCUCAUCUCCCGGAGCAGAGUCAUCAAGCACUGAAAUCAGUGACAAUGGCCGGUCACCAUUACCUUCGCCCUUACCACAAUCUGCUAGUGCUCCUUCUUUCUCGACCAAAGCCACUUCAUCUUUCCCUACCUCAGUAUCAGAAAACAACAUCCAUGGAUUCCCUCUUCCCCCAGCCCGUCUGGGAUCUCUCAGCGGUCCUCCUUCUUCCGGCAGCAACGCAGACUUGAUAAAUAAGAUCUCGGAGCUCGAAGCGGAGCUUCGGGAGAUCAGCUCUGAGCUCGCUGGCUCGAUCCGACGAGAAAUGGAACUAGAGGACCUGGUUGAGAGGUUUCAGUUAGAGUCACAUAAUGAUGCUAAUCGAAGGACAAGUGAUUACUUCUCGGAUUCUGGUACCAGCGGGUCGAUACGAACGGGAACGGAUGGCGGCAAAGUAGAAGAUAUUGAACGAAUCAAACGAGCCGCUGAGCAGGAACGAGCUCAAUUGAAAGUCGAAUUAAGUCAGAAAUGGCAAGAGGAACGUUCAAAGCGGGCGGCUUGCGAGUCUCACGUCCAGAUUCUGGAGAAUCAAGUCCAACAGUUCCGUGCUCAACGCGUCGACAAUUCGAAUCUUUCUUCUAAAACUAAAGAAUUGGAGGUUGCUUUAGAGGACACCCGACGAAAACUUCUCGAAGAAAGACAGCUUAAGGACAACUUUGAGGACUUGUUGACGGCCAUGCGAGUAGAACUUGAGCAACUUCGAAACGAACGUGACCAUUUCCGUGAUGAGAUUGUUCCUGCUUUGCAAGCAGGACAAAAGAAUCGGUUCCAGGCCAUAGCAGAGGAAGACGGCGUUGGCCGCAACCGUGGUUCGGUGGUUGGCUUGUCAAGAUCAAAUUCACUAGCUCGGAUGCCGAAACGGUCGAGCAUGGCUGGUGGUGGUCUAUCGCGGUCGAAUUCCAUCUCAGGCAAUAACAGGCCAGUGGAGUCCCGCGAAUCAUUGGCUGACCGAGUGAAGGAUGUCGAAGCCCAGCGGGAUGCUUUACACCAGGCACUUAGGAGUCUUCUAGAUCGACAGGCAUGGCAAGCUCGUGAAAAUGAGAAACGGAUCAAGAUUCUCGAGAUGGAGCUCACCAAGGCCCAAGAUAUUGGCUCUCCACGUAAGUUGGGCUACGAGAAAGAAGUGCGGAAUCUUCGGGAAGAGAUUAAUCUCCUCCGACGACGGGCCGACGAAGCUCUUGAACAGAAGUGGCAGUGCGAGAAAGGACUGAGUGGUCUCAAAAUGGAUCUGGACCGUGCAGAACAGGAGACUACCUCAUUACGUUUGCUUUUGCAGGAGCAUGACAUUUCGCUACCCGCAGGAAUGGAUAUGGCUUCGAACGAAGAAGGAUUAGCCAAUAUGCAGGCCACCUCAUCGGCCUUGGAAUCAGCUUAUCAACAGUUGCAGGAAGAGAUGGAAUCGGCCGAAGCGAACCAAUCUUGGUCCCCGGAAGACAUGAAUCGUACUGAGGCUCUAGCUGCACAGGUCCGUCGGCAGCUCGAGACCAACAACGCUUUGCGUGGACGUCUUGCAGAAGCGAUUGCCAAGGGAGAAAGAGAACAGAAAAUGUCUGCAUCACGCAUCAACGAAAUGCAAAGCCGACUGAGGACCUUAGAAGACACGCUUAUGGACGCUCAACAUCACUCAGAAGAUGAGAUGGCCAAACAUGAAGAAGAAAUCCGAGCAUUGAAAGAAAGUCACAGUGUGCAGCUCAUGCGGGCUAAGAUGGGAAUUAGAACCCCAGUAGCUCUUUCACCAAAUCCAGCGGCUUCGCCAUUUUCUGGUGCACGAUCUCCGCGACUUGACGUAACGACGACCGGAGAUGGGGUUCCGUUGAGCGAAGCAGUCUCGGUAGCAAAACUCGAAGUUAGAGUCAAGGAACUUGAGAAGGCUCUUCGGGAUGCUGAUUUCGAGAUGGAAGAAGUCGUGCAGCGUAUGAACAAGGCACAGAUCGAGGUCGCGGAACUACAAUCUGAUCGGGAUGAGGCACUCCGCCAAACUCGUCGUCUUGAAGCUGCAAUUAUGGCUGAACGCGAAAAGGUGAAACAAUAAUUAAUGAACGAAACGAAGCAAUCUUGAACUUGUACAAUAUCGAAACAUACUGUUUAUUCAGUAUAUACAUUUAUAAAUAUAUACGACCCUCGAGAGUCAUCGAAACAAUUUUAUUCUUCGACAGCAGCAGUGCUAGCCAUUCUGAUUGGCUACAUCACGACGAUACAUUUUAUACUUCUUUCACCGGUGGUUUACGGAAAAUAAACCCUGGCUGUUUGCUUUUGAAUACCCUUGAGCACUUUCUUGCAAUUUAUCUUUUUCUGGGGGGAUGUGUCCAAUUAUGGGAGGCGGGAGGGUUUUUUUGGUCCUUUUUGUCCGCUUCUGUGUUUGCAUUAAUGCUGCGUCUGUACAUAUCAUGGAGUCGCGGCGUGGAAAAUGGGGCAUGUAUAUAUUGUUUCCCAAAGGGAUUACCACCGAGAUUGGCCAUAU